UAGUUGCAAUCUGUAUAAUUAGUUAUUUUUAGCCUAUAUUUAAUACUUCAGAUGUUCAAACGUUCGAUGUAAAGGGUGAAAAAUUUUAGGGUGGGAUCUAAAUAGGGCCUAAAUUGUACACACGGUUACCAUAGGCGUUGGCCGUCUCGAGUCCAAAACACCCCAUUAGCGCGGUUACCACCGAGACCAUCGCCAGUGUGUACACGCACCGCGCCGCGUCGAUGCCACCACCGCGAAAGAAGCGGAAGGCCCCUGCCCCGGCGGGGCCGCCGCCGCCGCCUCGCCGCCCGCCGUCGCCGUCCCGCCUGGAGUUCCGCUCUCCGGCGGACGGCGCGUGGUACGAGGCGCGGGUGGCGGUGCAGGGGGGCGCGCUGCGCGUCAUGUACGAGCUGUUCACCGAGGAGCAGGACGAGUGGUACGACCCGCUCGACGCGGCCGCGCUCCGCGCCAGGUUCCGCGCGCCGUCCACGCCUCUCGACGACGCCCGCUGCCGCGACCUCCGCCCCGGCGACCCGCUCUGCGUCGCCUGCGCCCUCGCCGGCGGCGUCGAGCUCAAGUUCUUCGACGCCGUCCUCGAAUCCGUCUCGCCGGCGGCGCACGAGACGGUGGACGGCGAGGAGCGGUGCGCGUGCCGUUUCUCGGUGCGGUGGGCGGAGGGGCCGCUCGCCGGGGCCAUGGCGGAGGUCGGCGUCGAGCAGGUCUGCUGCGUGCGGUCCACUACUCCGGUGCGAGACCCGGUGCUGGCCGAGUUCUUGGACGGCGUCGUCAGCAAGUCGCCCGGCGACGAUGGCGAGGGCAGCGCGACGGCGGCGUCUCGGUCAUCCGGCGCCGUGGCGCCUUAGGUUCGCCGUUACGGCCGGCCAUCGCCUCUUGGGUUCCCGCGCUUUCCGUUGCGCGUGAAAUCAUGCAGAGGAAAUGGAAAAACAGCUGCUACUAGGGUGACUCUUGGAUCCCCCCCCCCCUAUUAGCUAUAUACUUCUACCUAUAAUGACCACUUGCACAAUAUAUAAAGAAUGUACUUAAGAGGCUUAAGACCCUCUCUAUUUCCACUUUGUGAAUCCCCUUUAAGAAUGUAAGAUGCAUGCCAUCACCAAAAGUUUAAACUCAUGGGGAGCAUUUUUGUUUGUAGCACCGCCACAUUUGACCUCUUCGUUCAACUGCAAAA